AGAAUUUCCACAGUUCUUAACCAGCGAAACAUUUGCACUACCUGCUACUGUAGAGAGAUACACAAGUAGUUACUUGAGCUUCCAGCGUCUAUUUUCUUUGUCUUUGUUAGCACUGCUUCUAAAUUCUUUCACUUGUUGUUGUACUAUAUUCUGCUCCCAGUUCACAACUUUCCUCAAGAUCAGUCACGACUCGUUUGCUAUCAUACUCUGGAAUUCACCAUGACGGAUUCCGCAGAUAUGGAGCUACCAUCUUUGAAAGCACUGCAGACUGGAGAACAAAUGGAGCUUCUCAACAUCGUCGAUUCUCUUCGUGCUGAAGGCCUUGGCGAGAUUACAGCUCUUCCACAACUGAUUGUAUGCGGAGAUCAAUCCAGUGGCAAGAGCUCUGUGCUAGAGGCCAUUUCUGGUAUUCCGUUUCCUAGAAAGGAAAACACCUGCACUCGAUUCGCAACCGAAGUCAUACUUCGCCGGUCGCCAGAGAGCAGGAUAUCAGUGUCUGUCGUCCCUUCCAGAGACCGAGAACAAGCCGAUCGAGAGAAGUUGUUGAAGUUUCGUCACCAACUAAGCACACCAGACGACUUUCCUGACUUGUUUGACAAAGCGAAGGAUGCCAUGCUCAAUGUCCCGGGAAAGUCAUUCUCAAAAGAUAUCUUGAGAAUCGAGUUCUGUGGACCAUCUCAACCGCAGCUGACACUCGUCGAUCUUCCUGGCCUCAUUCACUCACACAUCGAAGCUGAACAACAAACACCGGAAGACGUCAAACUUGUCACUGAAUUAGUAUCGGAUUAUUUGAAAAGUCCUCGAAGCAUCAUUCUCGCUAUCGUAUCUGCCAAGUACGACAUCAACGUCCAGGUUAUUCUCAAUCGAGCUCGAGAGGUCGAUCCCCAAGGAAUUCGAACCCUAGGCAUCAUCACCAAGCCUGAUACGCUCGUAAAAGGAUCAGAAUCAGAAGACUCAUUUGUUAAAUUAGCCAGAAACGAACGAGUCAAGUUUCGACUGGGCUGGCAUGUUGUUAAAAACCUUGACUCUGCACAUAAGGAAUCCCUGGAAUCUACACUCGAGACUCGAAACACUGAAGAGAAAGCAUUCUUCAAGGGUAGCAAUUUCAAGAGUUUACCAUCGCAGAACGUAGGCAUUGAAUCACUGCGUACUCAGUUAAGCAAGAUCCUCUUCAACCAGAUUCGACUUGAGUUGCCCCGCCUCGUGGAUGAUAUCGAGCAGCGGAUCCUUACUGCCAGAGCUUCAAAGGACAAACUUGGACCUAGCCGCACUUCGAUUGACGACCAGCGUUCAUUCCUGAUACAAUUAAGUCAAACCUUUCAGACAAUUUGCCAAGCGGCCGUUCGGGGCGAUUAUGACAAUGAUUUCUUCCAUAGUGAUGAACUGCGGGAGAAACGACUUUUCCAAAGUGAUGAAUUGUCUGAGAAACGUCUUUGCGCCAUUUUGAUGGACAAACACUUUGGGUUUGCUGAUAACCUGCUGAAAAAGGGUUGUCAAUGGACAAUCGGGGAACGAUCAUUCGAUACCGUUGGAUUUACAUUCGAUACUAAACGUCGAACCCGUGAGGAGGCCAUAGCAGAUGCCUGUAGAUUGUUAAAGAGAAGCCGUGGAAGAGAGCUGCCUGGUCUUCCGAAUCCACUCUUGGUGGGAGAACUUUUCCGUGAAUAUAGCCGCCCAUGGGAUACACUUGCUCGGAUGCAUAUCAAGAAUACCUGGGAAAUUACGAACAGAUUUCUUGACCUUGUGCUCCAGCACCUGACCGAUGAUGAUGUUCGCGAAAAGAUCUUGCGUCUGUGGCUUGAACCCGUCAUGGCGCAAAAGCUAGAGACGGCAUACGGCAAACUGGACGAACUUCUUGAGGUUCAUAAGGAGCAUCCCUUCACCACCAAUCACCACUUCAUGGAUAACAGGAAGAAGCUUCAGCAGAAGGAUACAAAGGAUGAGAUACAACAAAAACUGCUAGGUGUUGUAAAAGCCGGCCAAAAGCUAUCAGUGGAGGACAUCACUCUACUCGUAAUGAAUUUGAAACCCGAGGUGAAGGCUGAUAUGGACACGAUUGCUGCCGAAGAUGCCUUUGACAACAUGAUGGCCUAUUACGAGGUUGCAAUGAAGUUAUUCAUGGACAAUGUGCCAACCUUGGCCAUCCAAGCGCCAAUUGUUCGAAAACUAGAUGAGGUCCUGUGCCCAACCGCAGUUUUCCGCAUGCCACCAGAUCUCGUGGCGAAAAUAGCCGGAGAAUCCGAGGAGAAGAUGCAAGAGCGCGAGGAAAUUCUUUCAAAGUUAAGCACCUUGGAAACCGGGGCUCAGAUAUGCAGACAGUACGCUAUGCGUCCUCAGUCCUUCGCAACUGCUCCGUUGAACCCGCCAUUUAAAGAAUCGGCCGUUUCUUCAAGCACCUCUUCUAGAACCGGCCUCUUUGGAGGUGGAACGCCAUCCAAAGGCCUUUCCACCAAUUCUGCAUCUGGCGAUCCUCCAAGUGCCUCUUCUGGAACCGGCCUCUUUGGAGGUGGAACGCCAUCUAAAGGCCUUUCUACCAAUUCUGCAUCUGGCGAUCCUCCAAGUGCCUCUUCUGGAACCGGCCUCUUUGGAGGUGGAACGCCAUCCAAAGGUCUUUCCAGCAAUGCUGGAUUUGGCGCUUCUUUAGGCUUAACCCCUGAAACCGGUCUCUUUGGGUCAGCCGCUAGGCCGCCAUCAUCAUCUCAGACUUCACAGACCGGUUUUGGCGGUUUUGGCCCUAGUGGAAUCUCUCCAAAACCGAGUUCAUCCGUGCUUUCUACCGAAGCGAACGCGCCAAAAUCCUAUGCAACAAACUUUUUUGAGCAGUCAACUUCAGAAAACGCCGAGCAGAGCGGAAAACGAAAAUAAGCCUUUGCCUUGGCAGCCCAUUUUGCCCAUACGGUUUACCAUGGACGCGUCCAAUGGCCGACAUGAGUUUGAAAAUGGACAUGGACCUACACCUCACCCCACGUUGCUUCAACACAUCUCAGCGAUGCCGCAGUGUAUAAACUAUUCAGCUGAGGAGCUGAGGCUGUCUGAUCUCGCGCACAUGGCUAGGUAGGAUGAACUUACUGAUGUGAUCAAUCGAAUUCAUUUGAAGAAGAGAUGAAUAAGAACUUCGAGUUGUCGGGUUGCUUUUUAACUAUGCUGUUGUGUUUUUCCAAUUCUGAAGGCUUGUUUGCUAGUAGUUACUGAGGUGAUAAAUCGGAAUAGCUGUUCGUAUAUGGAGAAGUUUGGCUGGGGCUGAAAGUUGUCAGAUCAACGGUUAGCUGUAGGUUAGCUGUAGUCCUUUUUUUGGCCAAUAUAUAGGGCUCGUUUGCUUCGUAUGUAGACUUUAUUUAAUAAUGUGGCGAUUCUGUGCUUCAUCUUGGUUGUUUUUUGUAGUUCGUUAGGUUUAUUUUUCUU